UUUAUAAAAUAAAAUCAUUCUUUUUUAUUUACAAAAAAAAAAAAAAAAUCUUAAAAUAUUCAUAAUAUUUAAUAAAAUAAGGUUUCAAACAUUUUUAUGAAUUUAUUUAUUUGCGUUAAAAUUAAAAAAACAUAGUUUUGACUUGACUAAUCAUUUUGACACAUGCGCUCAUUGGUUAUCACAAAAUAACGUGUAGCCAACUGUCCGAAUCAGUGUCGUUCCGGUCGCCGUUGUGGAGUCGGUGAAAUUAGUAGUGGAAUUUUUACGUGCUUAACAUCAAAAAAUGGCGUCUGGGGUGACAGUAUCGGACGCUUGCAAGACUACGUACGAGGAAAUCAAAAAGGAUAAGAAGCAUAGAUACGUAGUUUUCUACAUCAGGGAUGAGAAACAGAUAGAUGUUGAGACGGUGGGGGGUAGGAACGCCGAGUACGAGCAGUUCCUAGAGGACCUGCAGAAGGGAGGCACCGGGGAGUGCAGAUAUGGUCUGUUUGAUUUUGAGUAUACGCAUCAGUGUCAAGGCACAUCGGAGGCCAGUAAGAAGCAGAAACUGUUUUUGAUGUCAUGGUGCCCCGAUACAGCCAAGGUUAAGAAGAAGAUGUUGUACUCUAGCUCAUUCGACGCUUUAAAGAAGUCGUUGGUCGGUGUGCAGAAGUACAUCCAGGCGACUGAUCUGUCCGAAGCAUCACAGGAGGCCGUCGAAGAGAAGCUGCGCGCCACCGACCGCCAGUAGACUGGCGACGCGCACGCACCGACACGCACCCACAGGCACCCACACGCACGUGUACACGGCGCCGCGUGUACACGGCCAUGUACAGGGGCACGGGCGCGCCUGUACACAACGCCGGUGUUCAUGGAUAUAUUAAGUAACACGUCAUCGAUGUCGGUGUACGCGAGUCGUUUUUAGUAUAUACAACUCUGUUUCAUCUCGACGGUCUCAAGUGACGCAUGGAUUAUUUUCUACUAUUAUAUUAUUUAAGCUUUUUAUUUAAGCUCAAAAGUUAAAUUAAAACUUCAGUGGACGCGUUAUCAUUUAACUGAAUAGCAUCGCCCGUCGGCUUUUAUACUUAGAUUGUAAAAACUCAAUCGCCCUUGAAUCUUGCAGUGCAGUGCCGUACAAUGCUUGUACAAUGGCGAUUUUAUAAGUAUUUUGUAACAGUUUAUCCAGAAAUACACUCGAUAUAAGUA